AUGUCACAAUCGUCACGAACAGCCGCGAUAACCUCGAAGCAAUCGCGAUUAUAUAGUGACAACGAAACACGAUUCAGCGAUUCCAGUGCGGCAACCUCCUCUACGAUACGACCGAGAAAUAGAAGACUGAUAAGUACGGAACAAGAAUUGGUGAGCACAACAAGCAGCAGGGGGAGCAGUCCGGGUGGAAGUGCCAGAGGAGUGAGCCCGAUCCCUUCAAGACAUCCUUCAAGGAGGGUAGGCGAUAAUGGCGCUCAAUCCGCAGAAAGUGCUUUAGGAACAUCUGCGGUAGGGAGAGGAGAUCAGAAAAUUGGGUCAGGGAAUGCUGGAGCAUGGGGUAGUGGGUGGUCGAAUUCUUGGAGUACAUUACAAGGACUUGCGAGUUCGGUGCUAGGUGAUUUGGGGGAUUUAGUAACAGAUGAGGGCGAAGGUAGUGCCAGGAAGACAGUCAGUUUGGAUAGACCCAAAGCUAGAAGGAAAGAUAGCUCCGUGAAGAAGUUGUUUGAACUACCUCAUGGUGCAUGGGGACCCGCAGAACAAAAGAAGAGGAAUGAAGCUGUUAUUGGCUCGGGGAGUCAAUCGGAAAGAGAGGCAGCUUUACGGACACAAAAAAUGACGAGACUUCUCGAAAACCACACAGAUCUAAAUGGGGCAGUUGAUACAAAUGGAAAUUACAAACGGAGAACGUCCAUGGAUGAGGCUACAACUAGAACACAAGAUGAUGAAGGUGAUGCGCUGGUCUAUAUACACCAUGUGCAGAAAGAGGAUACGCUUGCGGGAGUUAUAUUACGAUAUAAUUGUCAACCUAUGGUAUUUCGAAAAGCCAAUAGAUUUUGGCCAAAUGACUCUAUACAAACUCGACAAGUGGUUGUGCUACCAGUAGAUGCUUGUGCAAUCAAAGGACGUCCUUGUAACCCAUCUCAGGUUCUGAGUCAAGGGGUCGAUUUACUUGCUCCAACGCCGAGUUUAGAGGAUGCCCCAGAAGUGUGGCCACCCAGAUCAGAGACACCGACAGAACGACCGGAGGAAAAUCCGUGGGAACAUGUACGAUGGGUUCUCCUUGAUUCAUCUCCAAAUUCUAAACCAGUCGAGAUUGCACGUAUGCCUAGAAGAACCCUGGGGUAUUUUCCACCACCGCGAAGAAAGAGUCAGGCUACCAAUUCUAUCGCAUCUACCCCUCGUGCUUCUUAUGAUCUUCCGCGCGGGUCUUCAGGCGAACAAGUUAGUAGCCCUGCAAGCACAACUUCUCGAAGACUGAGUAAUCUAGGACCUCGACCUUCUCAAUCUACCGGUGGAAGCUAUUUCCCUCCGAUUGGUUCAGCUAAUCGGUCUCGUCGAGAAAGUGUAGGUGAAGCCGCGGAUCGACUAGGAUGGCUUCGGGGACCUGGCGGCGUAGGAACAUUGGGGAAGAGUGUCACGACUCCUGGACCUGGACAGGAUCCCUUAAAUACAUGGGCGAGAAAACAUAUACCCGGGAUUACAAUCGAUUCUCUACCUUCUUCCUCAGUUCUUGAAUCUGAAAUCCCUUUUGGAUUCAGAGAUGAACUCGCAAGUAUUGCUGAGGGUUCAUAUAGUCCUGCAAGCGGAUCGGUUACGCCUAGUAAUUUGGGGGGCUCCGGGAUUGGUCUGGAAAAUGCAGCAGCGGCGAUUGAAGGUUGGGUUAGAAGAUUAGCUGUUAAAAACCCGGGAACACCAAAUGUAGGCGGUUCAUCGACGGAUGGGCCUGGAGAUCUUAUAGAAUUAUUAGAUGGGACUGGAAGUGAUGACGGUAGGGGUUUUGAACUUUCGCCGGGUAAAUUGAGGAAUAGUUCAUUAAAUAGAAGUGGAACUUCUGGGAGAGAAGAUUUAGAGGGUGCAGUGAGAGGGAGAGGUGUUAAGGGGGGGAAGAAGGAUUAA